AUGUAUAUCCCCUCCCCCAUGUUUUUCUUUUGCUUAUUUUCUUUCCCCCUGAUGAUUCCACUUGAUUUUCUUUCUAUCUAUCUAUCUAUCUAUCUAUCUAUCUAUCUAUCUAUCUAUCUAUCUAUCUAUCUCAGUCACUUGUUUUUCUAUCUAUCUAUCUAUCUAUCUAUCUAUCUAUCUAUGAAUGUUAGGAACCUGACGUUUUCUUUCUUUCUUAAAGGUUCAGUUUUUUUAAAGGUUUCUUUCUUUCUUUCUUUCUUUCUUUCUUUCUUCCUUCCUUCUUCUCUUUCUUUCUUUCUUUCUGUGGCAUUUAGAUUUAUUCACCUUUUGGUUUUUUCUUCCCAUUCAGUUUUAUUCAUUUUCUUUCUUUCUUUCUUUCUUUCUUUCUUUCUUUCUUUCUUUCUUUCUUUCUUUGACAUUCAGCUUUAUUCACGUUUUUCUUUUCUUUUUCCAUCUGCUUUUAUUUUCUUUCUUUUUUUUGCUAUUCAUUUUUAUUCAACCUUUUCUUUUUCCUUUCCUUCCAGUUUUAUUAAUUUUCUUUUUUCUUUCUUUCUUUCUUUCUUUCUUUUUUCUAUGUCAUUCAAAUUCAUUCACCUUUUUCCUUUUCCUUUCCAUACAGUUUUAUUCAUUUUCUUUCUUUCUUUCUUUCUUUCUUUCUUUCUUUCUUUCUUUCUUUCUUUGACAUUCAGCUUUAUUCACGUUUUUCUUUUCUUUUUCCAUCCGCUUUUUAUUUUUUUUUUUUUUCUAUUCAUUUUAUUCAACCUUUGCUAUUCUUUUUUAGUUUUAUUAAUUUUCUUUUUUUCUUUUUUUCUUUCUUUCCUUUUUUCCAGUUUUCAAAUUAACCUUUUUCUUUUUUUCCAUACAGUUUUUUCAUUUUCUUUCUUUUCUUUCUUUCUUUCUUUCUUUUUUCUUCCUUCCUUUUCAUUUCUCUUUCUUUCGUUUUUCUUUCUUUUUCCAUUUUUAUUUAUUCACCAUUUUUAUUUUUUUCUUUUUCCCAUUCAGUUUUAUUUUUUUUUUUCUUUUUCUUUCUUUCUUUCUUUCUUUCUUUCUUUGACAUUCAGCUUUUCCUUUCCACGUUUUAUUUAUUUUUUUUCUUUUCUUUUUUUCCAUCUGCUUUUUAUUUUCAUUUUUUUUGCUUUAUUCAUUUUUAUUCAUUUUUAUUUCUUUUUUCCUUUCCUUCCAGUUUUAUUAAUUUUCUUUUUUCUUUCUUUCUUUCUUUCUUUCUUUCUUUCUUUCUUUCUUUCUUUCUUUCUUUCUUCCUUCCUCUUUUUUAUUUUCAACUUUUUCUUACUUUCGUUUUUCUUUCCAAUAUUUUUUCAUCAAUGCCUUUUUUUCUUUUUUUUCUAUAAACUUUUUUUGUGUUUUUUUUCUUUCUUUCUUUCUUUCACGUCGUUGCUAACAUAUUCGAUCCAGAGUAUUAUAAGCAUCUUUCUGUAG